AUGUCAACGGCUAUGAACAAUCCACAAACCGUCAAGCUUCUCGCUAAAUUACACGAGAAGGAGCGAGAACACGAAAACCUAUUGUUGAUUAAAGAGACGUCGGGGCAAAUGAUAACAUACUUUGAAGAAUUGGCGUUAAAGUUGGAUGAAUUGAACGAGGGCUGUGUAGCGGUAAGCACGAUUCUUCGUAACUGGCAGGCCAUUUUCAGAGUAAUUUCGCAGUCAGAGCCACAAGAGACUACUUUGGUCAGAUGGAGUGGAGCGACUAAAAAAGAUGCUCCACAAUGA